GUUUGGGUGCACAAGUGUUUGCCCUGAAAUCGUCCUGUUCCUGGUGGGACUCAGAGUGGUCCCUGACAGCUGCCACUGCCACAGUGGAAGACAAAGCUGGAAUGCUUCUGUGCCCCCUCCAAGAGCUCAUUAACCAGUUGUUAAUGAAGCUGUUCCGUGCAGAAGUGUGGCUGAGCAGUUGUGUGGCAGUUGGCAGUGCCGUGGUGACAGUUCCAGGGUGGAACCCUGCACUCACAGCCCUGUGGCACCUCCCAGGGCAGCAGGGCCUGGGCUGCUCUCGGGGGGAUCUGGGCAUGGUGGGCCGAGGGAUGGAGGCCCCCGGCAGCGCUCGGGGCCCCAAGGCCGAGCUGAGCCAGCUCAGCCAGGAGCUGCGUGUCCUCGUGGCCCUGCAAGGUGCUGCCUCGGGCUGCUCGGGGACAGGGGGGUCACAGCCCCCUCGUCCCCUGCGCUGCCAUGGGCUGCCUGAUGUCCCCCAGAGCAAGGCAGGAAGAUUUUCAGUCAGUCCUGUGAGGAGAAGCUCCGUCAGAACAGGGAGCUGCUCCCCAGCCUGCAGACGGCUUUGCAAGAGGAUUCCAGCGCCCUGAAAUUUGUCCUGAAGGUACCAGCGAGUGCCUCCUGCUGCAGCCCUGCCUGCUGCUGCACCCCCAGCUCCUCCAGGAGCACAGGGCUGUGCCACUGCCAGGCUGACAGUGCCCAUGUCUGUCCCUCCCCUGCCCACAGUACAACAGACUGCCCGUUAAGGAUGAUUUUGGAGAGGGCCGGGAGCUCGUUUCAGCCACUGAGAGCCUGGAGGUAACAGCAGGGCCGGGAGCAGCAGCUGCUGGCAGGGGCUGGGGCUCUGGGGACACUGGGAAGAGCAGUGCAUGGCAGAGGGACACGGGGCUGUGUGGGGACAUGGGGUGUUCACAUCUGGUCCCGUGGGUCCCCUCCUGCCAUGGGACCCAUCCACGCAGCCCCUUUGUCCCACCAGGCCUGGCUGUCCCACCCCACGUGUCCCUGGCACUGCCCGGGCUCCUACAGUGUCCAGUCACAUCCCUGGCAGGGAGAGGCUGUCCCUGCCCUUCACUGCCUGUCCCAAGGUUGUGUCCUGGUUAUAAACCCGUGGAGAUUGAGGCUCUGUGCCCACGGAGCUGCCUUUGCCCAGAGGCCUCUUGCAGGCACAGAGCAGUGUGGCCUCUCUCUAACAUCCCCAUCUGGGCCCUGAUGGAUUUUAUUGAUCCCCAGCCCUGCUCCCUGCUAUGCAGAGCCCCUAAGCCCAGCCCAGCCCUGCCAUCAGCAGUUCCCACCUCUGCCUUACCCCAGCCAGCCCCCAGAGCAAAGCUCUCCCAGACCCCCUCCUGUCAAACCAGUGACAGCAUCCUGGAGUGUCUCAGUGUCCCCAGCUCUGCCUUGGGGGGUUUUCUGGGCAGCACCCCCUUCUCCUGCAGCAUCCAGCCUGGGAAAUGGUCUCAUGCCCAUCCAGGUGGCCAUAAAGAAGACGGAGGCCAAAGUCCAUGAGCAGGUGAAGGUGUGUGACAUGCUGCUGCACCAGCUGAGGCAGUGGAGCCAGGCCAGGGAUGAGCGCCAGAGGCGCCUGCAGGAGCUGCAGGAAGCUGAGACAGACCCUAAGUGGCAAGAGCCACAGCUGCAGACCAUUCGCCAGCUGGGCAAUGACAUCGAGAAGAUGCUCAUGAAAAUCCAGAGUGGGGAGAUCAUGACCAAGCUGUACCUGCAGCUGCAGGAGGUCCUGAGGAGGGAGCUGGUGUACCUGCCUCGAUACCUGGACCUCCUGUGUGGCAUGACUGUGAUGUACCACGAGGAGCUCACGGCCCGGAGCAGCCUCAAAGCCAACGAUGCCAUCAGGAAACUCAUGGCCGAGGCAGGACCACAGGUCCGUGUGGAGAAACAUCUCAGGGAUCAGUCCCUGGCUGAGCAGAGGAAGCACAUCGAGAGCCUGCGGCGGCAGGAGGAGAGCGAAAGGCAGCAGAGGCAGCAAGCUGUGUCCAUGCUCUCCGCAGAGCACGACCAGAGCUCCUCGGACGUGCUGGCAGGUGCUGACAUAAAGGCUGCCAUGGCCAGGAUGGAGCGUGAGGCCUUUGUGACCGACAAGAUGGAGAAGGCAAAGACUGCCCUGCAGUGCUCCUGCCUCUGGGACAUCCCCAGCAGCAUCCAGGCCCAGAGGAAAUCCCUGCUCAGCCUGCAGCAGCACAUCGAUGAGUGCAGUGACAGGAAGAAGGAGCUGAAGAAGACGCUGCAGGAGCUGGAGUUGAAGCAGGCUAAAGUGAAGUUUAACCAGCCCGUCAGCACCACCAGGCUGCGAGAGGAGGAGCUGAGGGAGAACCUGAAGCAGGAAGAGGCCCGGCUGGAGCAGAUGCGAGCACAGAUGUUGAAGAACCAGCAGCGCCUGAUCGAGUUUGAGAACAUCAUUGACAACCUGUUCCUCCGCCUGCAGGGCAUCGUCAUCCCCGGCCAGGAGGACUCUGCUCCCGUGGUGGGGCUGGAGGAGAAGCUGCAGCACUGUGAGAAGAAGAUGCAGUUCCUGAAGGAGAAGGUGGCAGCCCGGCCCGAGGACAGCACUGACGAGCGCAGUGAGGUACAGGGGACACACACAGGGCCCUCACAGGUGGCCACCCCAGUCAUCCUCAGCAAGCCACGGGGAAGGGCCACGGAGCAGCUCAGCCCAGGAUGGCACUGGGCACCCAUGGGGUUCCUCGUGUGGCACCCUCGGGUUGUGACACCCACCUGCCCUCCAGCACUUAACCCAGGCUCUCUCAGACUUUUGCCAGGGUCAGGAACCUUCUGGAGAAAAGAACUGCAGGUGAAACACAGAACCUGAAGAUUUCCUUCAAGGAUGAAGGUGCUCUGGAAGAUGACACCUUGGACUUUGAAGAUGAAGACCAUGACUACGUCCCCAGCAGGGAGGACAUCAAGAAGCAGGGGCUGCAGCUGAUCAGAAUGAAGACCAGACGUCGCAAG